CCCACACGGACGCAGAAUUCAGCAGGCACGGCGCGAGCCUGGUUCUGACGCGACUUUACCCGCAUACGAACAGUGCGGACCGCGGAGUAUCGUUGUGCGCAUCCUCUUUUAUUUUUUCCAUCCACAUCAGUCUACAUUCUUAAAAAACAGCAAUUUUUCUCUCUCUGAACAGUGGUAUUCGGAGCUCCCGGUUUGAUUUCCAAAGGAAGGUACACAAGACAUUUUUUUGGAAUCUACCUCUCCGUGCUGCUGCCAUGUGACGAGGUUUCCCCAUCCUUUCCUCUCCUCGAAAAGUCGCUGCUGGCGGUGCGCGUGUGUGCUCUGAUUUGUGCUCCCGUUCAGAGAAGUGAAGGAAGAAUCCCAAGCCCCCAGGGGAAAUGGAAGUUUUCACCGUUGGCUUGGUCCUCUGAGGCGGCUGCUGCUGCUGCUGGUGUUUCGGCGAUUGGUGCAGGGGGGAAACUGCGUCGUCAGUUCUGGAAAAGGCUCGGGGGGGAUCUUGGGUCAUUAUCGCAGGACCUGCUUCUCAAGAUAAGGUUUUCUCCCCCCACUCCCCCCUCACCACUCUCGCACACUCUCCCACCUCCCCCKUCAUCCUCCACCGCUGUCGACUCGUUCCAGAUGUAUUUCCUUGAAACGGUCGGCAGCAUCCUCCGGCUCCUCYGCUCGUCCUGACGCGUCGGCGUUCCGGAUGCGGCGCGGGCUUUUAUUUGUUUAUUUAUUURCUUCCCACCUCCACCACUGCAGCUCAGCGUCUCUCUCUGAUUGAAUGUUGGAAGGGUAUUUCAACAGGGUCUCCAACUAACCAGGGAUUUUUUUCUUGCCUUCUGUCUACUUGAACGCGAACAGCGCAGAUCCAAGACAAACACUGAUGGAUUGAAUUAAAAAAAAUUAACAAAUCGUUUAAGGGAUUUUAACUCUCUUAGAGCUGCAGAUUUUCCAUUUUCCCAGAAGGAGAUACCUUUGGACAUAAUGAAAGUUAUCUUGUUGCUUGUUGCUGUGUUUUGGAGCCAGGAGUGGAAGUCAGCGCUCUCGGAUUCAAUCAUCCAUAUUGGUGCCAUCUUUGAUGAGUCAGCGCGGAAAGAUGACGAGGUAUUUCGCCUGGCUGUGGCAGAUCUCAAUUUGAACAAUGAGAUCUUGGAAACGGAAAAGAUCACCUUCUCUGUGGAAUUUGUUGAUGGGAACAACCCUUUCCAGGCUGUACAAGAAGCCUGUGAGCUGAUGAAUCGAGGCAUCCUGGCACUUGUUAGCUCAAUUGGCUGCAUGUCGGCGGGCAGCCUUCAAACCUUGGCUGAUGCCAUGCACAUCCCCCACCUCUUUAUUCAGCGCUCUCCAUUGGGAACACCCCGUUCUGCCUGCCCACCCACCAGUCGUAUUCCCGGAGCAGAUGACUACACCCUGAUGGUCCGCCCACCUGUUUAUCUCAAUGAGGUCAUCAUGCAAGUGGUGACUGAGUACAGCUGGCAGAAGUUUGUCCUUUUCUAUGAUUCUGAUUUUGAUAUUCGUGGCAUUGAGGACUUUUUGGACCGUACCUCACAGCAGGGAAUGGACGUCUCCCUUCAGAAGGUGGAAUCUAAUAUCAACAUGAUGAUCACAAGUCUGUUCAGAACAAUGCGUGUGGAGGAGCUGCAUCGGUACAGGGACACGCUACGGAGAGCAGUGCUGUUCAUGAGCCCAGCUACUGCCAAGGCUUUUAUCACAGAGGUCGUGGAAACCAACUUGGUUGCCUUCGAUUGUCACUGGAUCCUGAUUAAUGAGAUCACUAACCGCUACAUCUAUGAUACUGUUCUGCUGCUGGCCAAUACUUUCCACAGGAAGCUGGAGGACAGAAAAUGGCACAGCAUGGCCAGUCUCAGCUGCAUCCGGAAGAACUCCAAACCUUGGCAAGGGGGCAAGAGCAUGCUGGAGACUGUCAAAAAGUUUGGAGUGAGCGGCCUCACCAGCUUUUUGGAGUUCACUGACAACGGCACUAAUCCCAAUAUCUUCUUUGAGAUCCUGGGAACAAAUUAUGGAGAAGACAGAGGACGAGGAGUCAGCAGGCUGGCCACAUGGGACCCAGUUCAUGGACUGAAUGGCACUCUGACAGACAGAAAAUUGGAAAAUAACAUGAGGGGAGUUGUGCUACGAGUUGUCACAGUUCUGGAGGAGCCGUUUGUAAUGGUGUCAGAGAACGUGUUGGGGAAACCGAAGAAGUACCAGGGCUUUUCCAUUGAUGUCCUGGAUGCUCUGUCCAACUACCUGGGCUUUAAGUAUGAGAUCUAUGUUGCUCCAGACCACAAAUAUGGCAGCUUGCAGUCUGACGGUCACUGGAACGGACUCAUGGGCGAAUUGGUCUUUAAGAGAGCUGAUGUGGGACUUUCAGCUCUGACCAUCACGCCUGAGCGAGAGAGCGUUGUGGACUUCACCACGCGCUACAUGGAUUAUUCUGUGGGUGUUCUGCUGCGCAAGGCUGAACGCACAGUGGACAUGUUUGCCUGCCUGGCACCCUUUGACCUGUCGCUGUGGGCGUGCAUCGCAGGCACUGUGCUCCUCGUGGGCAUCCUGGUGUACCUGCUCAACUGGCUCAACCCACCGCGGCUACCCAUGAACUCUGUGUCUUCAACCACACUCUACAAUUCCAUGUGGUUUGUCUAUGGCUCCUUUGUGCAACAAGGUGGAGAAGUUCCCUACACUACGCUUGCAACAAGAAUGAUGAUGGGGGUGUGGUGGAUGUUCGCGCUCAUUGUCAUCUCGUCAUACACUGCCAAUCUAGCAGCUUUCCUCACAAUCUCACGCAUCGAGAACUCCAUCCAAUCCCUGCAGGACUUAUCCAAGCAGACAGAGUUGCCUUACGGGACAGUGUUAGACUCUGCAGUAUAUGAUCAAGUACGCUCCAAGGCUAUGAACCCAUUUGAAAGAGAUCCCAUGUACUCCCAAAUGUGGCGAAUGAUUAAUCGCACCGGAGGAGCAGAUAAUAAUGUUGAGGAUUCGCGAGAAGGCAUCCGUAAGGUGAAAUAUGGCCGGUUUGGCUUUGUGUGGGAUGCAGCAGUGCUGGAGUACGUCGCCAACAAUGACGAGGAUUGUUCCUUCUACACUGUAAGCAACAACGCACCAGACCGUGGAUAUGGCAUCGCCAUGCAGCACGGCAGCCCCUACAGGGACAUUUUCUCCCAGAGAAUCCUGGAACUUCAGCAGAAUGGCGACAUGGACAUUCUAAAACUCAAGUGGUGGCCCAAGGACAGCCCCUGUGACCUCUACAGUUUAGAGCAGACGCGGCAGCGUGGCAACGCCCUUGACAUCCACAGCUUUGCUGGUGUCUUCUGCGUCCUGGCAGCUGGCGUGGUGCUCUCCUGCCUCAUUGCUAUGGUGGAAAGCUGGUGGUCACGAAGGAAGGGAUCCAGAGUCCCCUCCAAGGAGGACGAUAAGGAGAUCGACCUGGAGCACCUACACCGCCGGGUUAACAGCUUGUGCACAGAGGAUGAAAGCCCCCACAAGCAGUUCUCCACCUCUUCCGUCGAUUUAACCCCCCUUGACAUGGAUGCACUGCCUGCUGCCCGCCAGGCACUCGAGCAGAUCAGUGAUUUCCGCAACACCCACAUCACCACCACCACCUUUAUCCCUGAGCAGAUCCAGACCCUAAGCCGCAGCCUGUCAGCCAAAGCCGCUGCUGGAUUUUCUUCCGGUUUCGGUGGAGGCAGCGGUCUCCAGGACCACCGAACUGGUGGGGUAGGCCCCUUCAGACAGAGGGCCCCCAAUGGUGGCUUUUUCCGCAGCCCCAUUAAAACUAUGUCCUCUAUCCCAUACCAGCCCACAGGUCCUGGACCCAACUUUGGAUAUGGCAAUGAUCCAGACAGGGGCACCUCCAUAUGAGGAGUUGCUAUGGUUGGUUCAGGAAGCAGGAGUUAGAAGGAGGAGGAGAAAGGGGAGAAUAGAGUAAGUCAUAUGAUGAUUGAACAAAAGCAUUGUGGCUAGGCUAAAAAAAUAGAGAUCUGUGUAAACAGCAAUUAUUCAGUUUUGUUUUGUUUUUGUUUGUUUUGUUUUAUUCAGUUUCUUCCUGGGUGUCCACGGGUGUUUAUUUUGUAUGUGACAAAAACCAAGGAGUUGGAGGUCUACUGGGGCAAUUUUUUUAUCCUCCUUCAAACCUCGCUGGUGAGACGCAAGAAGGUUAAAGAGAUCGGAAGGGGUGGGGGUUAUCUCUACUUUAUCGUUGUUGUCGUUGUGGUUGUUUGGGGGGAUUAUUUUAAGAGAUAUAUCUGAAGGAAGCCCCUUUUUUAUAAUUGUUUUUUGUUUUGUUUUUGUUUUAUGACAUGAGGACUAUCUCAUUUAAUGGAAAAUUGCUCAAAAGUCCUGACUCCCUCUUACUAUUGGAGCAGCCUCUUGACAGGUGAUUUUUUUUAUCAGUCCAGUACCAGAAAAUAUUCAUUUUAGCUCCAGAUUUGUCAUUGGUGAGGGAUUAGUUGUUUCUUUAGCCAUGAAACAACUUCCAGGGACUUUAUCUACAAGCAAUUAUGAAGCAGUAAUCUCAUGAAAGAAUAGUCUCGGCUGUCCAACAUAUUGGCUGUCUGUAGCCCUGCACCCUUGUAGGGUUUGGAGAAGGCCAUAAACAUUGAAGAUAAUCCUUCAUCGUUGUAAUUUUGCCUUUUUCACUAAUUGGGAGUCCCUUUUUCUUCUCUGGUGUUGUUUUACCAAUACUUGGGGUGAAACGUGUAAUCAUCUUCCAGAUGGUGCCCACACAGUGGCCUGACCAGACACAAGAUGACAACUCCACGCGGUGACAAAGAAAAAAAACACAGUUGAAAUGCCAUGACACUGCGAGAGUUUGCCACUGUAAAAUCACCAGUUUGGUGUGUCGAUCUUAAACUACUUCUGCCAUUUUGGUGCAUCAGCCUGAAACUGUUUUCACCAUUUUGAUGCACAUUAAACUCUUUGUCAAGCCCUCUCUGCACUGUACCAGUGCCCACAGACCUGUAAGUGAUUGUAUGUAGACCUUACCUUUUUGUUUUCUCACCCGUAUUGUGCUAUCUGCUUUUCAAGUCAAGGUGAGAGCCUCGAGUCAGACUCUCAGAGUUGCAGUAAAACAUGGACAAUAAAAAAAGCAGAUAAAAGAAUUACAAAGUAUAAAAGACAAACUGAAAGACUUCACAAAGCUUAUGAUUCUAUGUCUUUUAUUGAGUUUCGUUUUGAAAAAAAAUGCGUGGAAUGUGUUUUGGUCAGGAAGUACAAAAAAAUUACAUUGUUCUGAAGUGUCUUCUUUUUUUCUUCUUUUUUGUGUGUUUAUUUUUGUUUUCAGAAAACUUUGAAAAACUGCUAAAACAAGUGCUGUAGUUUCUGGUUUUGCAUCUUCAAAUCAUUCAAACUCAUACUUUGAUUUUUUUUUCUUUUUUUCUGUUUUGCUUACAUUUAGUGCCCCCAUAGCAAUGGUGUUUAUAAUGAAAAAGCUCACUUAGCAAUGUCAUGUCAGAUUCAAGUGGACGGAUCUCUUCUUACUGGGUUCAAGUGGUGAAAUGAAGAUUUUGAGCUGAGGAAAAGCCAUUGCAAACAACGUUGUCGGUUCACGCCUCAUAUGUCAGCUAUAGCUAGCUUUGCCCUCCCACGUUCUAAACACUGCUGUGUUCUGGAAGCGGGAGCUGCGAUUCAUCAGCUGUGUUGGAAAUGAAAGGAAUGUCCUGAGGAGUCAAUGGCGAUCAGAACCUAACGAGUCCAAAACACACGUCUGAUCAAUGUUUCUCAUGUUAAAGGUACUAUUGAUGUAACUUUUUUUAAGUGCCAGUAAAAAUAAAAUGAGACCACUAAGGUGCAUUUUAUGGCGGGGGGAACGGAAGUGGUAUAUUAAAGGAAUAUUUUACAGAUUCCUGACAGGGUUGGUAAAGUAGAAUCAAACUUUUCUUUUCCACUAACACUGUAUUAAUAAUUGAUAAUGUUAAUUGUUUAGAGCAAGUUUUUCAGUUUGCUAUUUUUGAGCUAAAACUGCAAAUUGUUCUGUGUGUAGAAAAUUCAGUCAAGCCACAGUGUUUUGAAGCAAGCAUUCUUAGGACUUUUUUGUUUCUUUUAUUAGGUUACAGACAGGCUAUUGAAUGGCAAAUAGGACACAUGCAUUAAAAAUUAUUUAGUAUAAAUAAAGAGACAUUAUGAAAAUGUAUAUUUUACAUGUUGACGCUAUUUUUGUUUAACAGAAAGAAAAUAUUAUAUCAUGUUGAGCUUUAGUGUUGGAUUGAGCAGUUACCAUACUGCCUUUGGUUCUCCCCUAUCCUGCCCAUGGUAAACACAUUUUACACUAAUGUUUUGCUUUUCUCAAGACAUUUGAGUUUGUUAUUUUGAUUAUUAUUAUUAUUAUUAUUAUUAUUUGCUGUCUGAAUAACAAAACCUGGCAAGUUCACUAAAAAGAAAGCAUGCACAAACUUGCUGUCUAGCUAUUUGUUAACAUUUUAUUUUUUAUUUCUUACAUAGAACUACAGGAUUUACUUGAUAAUUUUCAAAAGUUUAUGAUGUACAGUAUUUAAUAUAGGCCUAUUUUGUUGUAUGUGUUGCAUUAUAUUCAAAAACCGAACAAACUUGGGCCUCUGUUACAAGUGGCAAAGCUUUCUGUGUAUAAUUUGUCUAAUAAACAGGUUUUCUACA